AUGGGGCGUUUGGGGACCGAGGCCUUCGCGGGCAAGGUGCUGACGUGGGCCCCAGCGAGGCUUGCGCGCGGGGCGCGCGGCCACACCCCUGGCGGGGAGGAGACCGUCACCCUGGAGAUCUUAAAGACCCUGGAGAAAAGCCACGUGGGGGGCUGGUUCCCCUGGGGCUUCCUGCCGUCCCCCGACUGUCUCAUCUUGUGGAGUGUGCCGGACGCGUGCAAAGAUGUGGACUUGGAUGUCCUCGUGGAAGCGCUGAAGCCCGUGGGGACCUUCAAGAAGAUCGGAAAGGUGUUCCGGCGCGAGGAGGACUCCACCGUGGGCUUGCUGCAGAUCGGGGACGAUGUGGAUUACCUGCUCAUUCCACGCGAGAUCCACCUGGCCGGGGCCGUCUGGAGGGUCCUCUCCAAGCCGGCCACCAAGGAGGCGGAAUUCCGCGAGCGGCUCACACAGUUUCUGGAAGAAGAGGGCCGCACGCUGGAAGAUGUGGCCCGCAUGAUUGAGAAGAGCACCCCGCACCCGCCGCAGCCCCCCAAGAAACCCAAGGCCCCCCGAGCGAGGAGGCGCGUGCCCCUGAUGGUGACGCCUCCGCCCCGGCUCGUCGUGGGCACCUACGACAGCAGCAAUGCCAGCGACAGCGAAUUCAGCGACUUCGAGAUGGCCAAGGCCCGGCCGGCUGGUCGGGGGGCGCGGCGGGGCCGGCGCGUACGCAGAAUGCCGGUCAGCUACCUGGGCAGCAAGUUCUUGGGCAGCGACGUGGAGAGCGAGGACGACGAGGAGCUGGUGGAGGCCUUCCUGCGGCGCGGGGAGAAGCCACCCAGCGCGCAGCCCGCGCGCCGCCGCCUCCCUGGGCCCGUGCCCGUGGUGGAGGACAACCCGGGGCCCCGGCCGUCCAGGGCCGACAGAUGGCGCGAAUACAUCAGCCAGGUGUCCUGGGGGAAGCUGAAGCAGAGGGUGAAGGGCUGGACGCCCAGGACCCGCCCCGACGAGCUGGAGCCAAGGGACAGCCGUGGUCAGGGUCAGGCGGAGAGGGAGGAUGGAGAGGACCCCAUCCCCAGGCGAUGGAGGCUCAGGAUCAGCUGGGCCUCCUUCCGCGGCCGUCGGAGAGAGGAGGCGGCGUCCACAGCUCACAGGACAGGCGUCCUGGCUGACCAGGGGGCGGAGGCUGUGGCUGACCAGGGGGUGGAGGACAGAGCUGACCAGGGGGUGGAGGCCAUGGCUGACCAGGGGGCAGGAGCCGUGGCCGACCAGGGGGCAGGAGCCGUGGCUGACCAGGGGGCAGAAGCUGUGGCCGACCAGAGGAUGGAGGCCAUGGUUGACCAGGGGAUGGAGGCCGUGGCUGACCAGGGGGCAGAGGCCAUGGCUGACCAGGGGGUGGAGGGCAUGGCUGACCAUGGGGUGGAGGCCAUGGCUGACCAUGGGGUGGAGGCUGUAGCCAACCAGGAGGCGGAGGGCAUGGCUGACCAGGGGGUGGAGGGCGUAGCUGACCAGGUGGAGGCAGCAGAGGGUCAGAGGGUGGAGGCAGCAGGCAGCCAGAGGGUGACUUCGGCUGCUCGGGGCCCGCCAGGGGCUGUGCCAGGAGCCAGGGCCCAGAAACCAGUCAAGACCGUGAGGUUCCAGACCCCUGGACGCUUCUCCUGGCUCCGUAAGCGCCACAGAGCCUUCUGGCACAGCCCGCGUCUGCCAGUCCUGCCUAAGACAGGUCCCAGGGCAGGUGACACCAGGAGCCUGAGGGUGCUGAGGGCCGAGGCCAGGGUGGAAGAGGAGCGGAGAGAGCGGGAAGACCAGCUGUGA